CGUGCCAUAUCUGAAGUAGGGCAUUCCUAUUCUGAGCGACACAUGGAAGCAAAGUUUGCCAUCAAGGGUCAGCUUUUCAAAGAAUGAAAUCAAGACCCCCUUUGGAAUAUGUCAUUAACAUUGAGCUGCUGCUUUUUCUUCAUUCGCCUGGAGGACAACACAGAGUGCGGGACAUUUUCAAAUCCUCAUCCCCUCACGAGGACUGCAAUCUGAUAACUGCUASUCUACUGUUAAAGUGUUUUGACUGCACACUGCAGACACUACAAAAUCAACCAUGGCUGUGGCCAGCAUGUCCAUGCCUGGAAGGAUGGGCACCCCUAGAGGUCUUGAUGACUACAGUCAUUACAGUGCCCUGUCAGAUGAGGAGCUGAUGCAGCUGGCCAUUGAACGCAGCCUCACUGAGGACCACACCUCUAUUAACGCCAUUCAAUCAUCCCCACCUGUGUAUUGGCAACCCAAUUACCAGCCAAACCAACUUACCACCAACCAAUUUAUGACUGGUGUCAGGCACCCCUCUGCAACAAGGCACAUGUAUGACUUUCCCAGAGCCAACCCGAACCCAGCCAACCCACCUCCAAACCCCUCAACUGCAAACCCACCUUUAGYAGACCAUAUUAUAGAUGUGAGACCCCUGGUGCCUGUGAUUGAGAAUGGUGAUUUAAAGGCCUUAAAAGAAAUAGUGAAAUGCAAUCCAAAGAGUCUCUUUGUACCAAAUGAGGAUGGAUGGAUUUCUCUACACGAAGCUGCAUAUUACGGUCAAGAGGAAUGCCUCAAGAUWAUAUUAAGAGCCCAUCCUGGGAUAGUGAACACAUGUGGUACAURCAAUCAGACCCCACUUCUUUUGGCUGCCAUCUUUCACCAUGUGARUUGUGUGGAAUGCCUUCUAGACAGAGGUGCAAAUCCCAACAUUGCCAAUAACGAYGGAGAAACACCACUCUUGAAAGCUUGUGGGAAGCCCAAUGCAGAGAUUGUAGACCACCUCCUAAAGUAUGGAGCCUCAGUGCACAAGGCUUGCGUUCAGGGUGUGACACCUCUCCAUGAAGCAGCCGGGCAUGAUAAUGUGGAAAUUUGCCAGAUGUUGUUGGAUGCCGGUGCCAAGCUUAAUGCAGCCAAUAUCUACGGGAUAGACCCUUUCUUUACGGCAGCACAGAACGGGAGAGUGGAGGUGUUGUCUUUCCUGAUUAGCAAAGGGGUUGAUAUGAACUGCCAGGCAUGUGAUGGGGCAACACCCUUGUACGAGGCAAGUAAGAAUGGUCACAAGGAAGUUGUGGAACUGCUUCUAUCUCAGAAAGCAGAUGCAAACCGAACAACCAAGUCUGGCCUCGUGCCUCUUCAUGUUGCUGUCCAGAAAGGACAUUUUGACAUUGUAUCCAUGCUGAUCCCUGCCACAAGUAAGGCCAAAGUUCAAUGCAGUGGCAUCAGUCCCCUCCACCUGGCUGCUGAGCACAACAGGGACUGGAUUCUAGAAGUGCUUAUCAAGGGAGGAUAUGACGUCAAUCUCCAGCUGGCAGAAGACCGAUCCAAAAUGUAUGAGGACCGUCGCAGCACAGCGCUCUACUUCGCUGUCGCCAACAACAACCUAGAGGCUGCCGAAAUGCUUCUGGAGGCCGGCGCUAACCCCAACCUUGACAUGUUCAACCCUCUUCUUAUCGCUGUGAGGCGGGGUUGCAUGGAAAUGAUCACAGUGCUGGUGGAGCACGGAGCUAACAUGAACGCGUCCAUCCUCACACACCCCUGCUCCUUCCCGGCAGUGGUCAUGCUUGGUAUGAAGUAUUCACAAAUCCUGAAGUAUCUGAUGGACAAUGGCUGCGAUGCCCUUUCCUGUUUCGACUGCACAUAUGGCAGCAAGCCACACCCACCCCUGAAAACUUUAAGUAGGGGCAGAGGCUUCGCCGAAAUUUUGCACUACGCUACCGAUGAGGACGAAGCUCCAAUCAACAUGUGCAUCCAGUUCUGUGAGACGAUCAACGAUCCGACGAUAAGCUGCUGGGCUGGACCMAUCAUAGACACGCUCCUGGAUUAUGUUGGCCAUGUGAAACUCUGCUCCCGGCUGAUCGAGCACCUGGAUAGCAACCAUGAUUGGGCAGGGAUCAAAGUGAAAGCAAUGCCACCAUAUUCACUGAUGCAGCUGUGUAGGCUGAAGGUCCGUCAGCAGGUUGGAAUCCCCAGACUGAGGCACAUCGACACCCUGCCCCUCCCACCAAUACUAAUCAAGUUCCUUAACUAUAAAAAGGGAGAUUGACUGAAUGUCUAAAAUGUAUUUUUCAUUUGUUGAUUCCAUGAAUCGUCUCCAAUAAAACAAAAAUGUAUAUUGUAUAAGCCAGCUGAGAUGAAGAGGGAAUGUAUCUUUGCCCAGUUGCAUACUGUUUAAUAGGCUUGAUUUGAUAUUACAAUGGCAAGAGUAACAUUUUAAUGAACCUAUUGUAAAUUGUAUGUAUACAUUUAAUAUUUUAGAGGUACACUCUUAGCACCUUUUUUCUAUCUAGAACCUUAAAGGGUUCCCCUGCUGUCCCCAUAGC